ACACAAAACAAGAGUUUAAAUGACAAACACUUGCAGUGAAUGACUGAAUGACUCACGAAUUGACUCAAUGUUUGCGUCAAUUGAUUGUCAUUUCAAAUGAAGUGUUGUUUGCAUUCACACCACAUGUAUUGACAUCUCAUUUGACCACAAGAAAUGAGAUCCCAUUAUAAGGUUGUGGUGUUGGGGGCCAAACAGUGCGGGAAGACAUCAAUUCUGGAUCAAGUGAUCAAUGGAUCCAAACGCAAGUUUAACACCAAUUAUGAGCCAACCAUUGAAGACAUCUUUGGGGCUGUUGUCGAGACUGAUAGACAAACCAAAGAGAAGAUCUAUUUCUUCGACUUCUCGGGAAUGAGCGCUCCACUCAAUAUUGAUGCCAUCAAAACAUACCUGUCUUACGCUGACGCAUUUGUAUUGAUUUAUGCCAUAAACGACAAGAAUUCGUACCUCAUUGUGGAUCACAUCAAGAAAGCCAUUGACAGACAUAAAGACAGAGACAAAAGAGAUAUGCCAAUCGUGACUAUUGGCACAAAAGUGGACAGAUUUCGUGAACGGGAAGUGGAUUUCGAUGAAUCUCAGGGUUGGGCUCAACGAGAGAAGACUCGUCUCUUCGAAGUGACGGCAACUGAACGCAAAUCUCUGAUCGAGCCGUUCGUCUAUUUGGCUUCAAAGCUAAAUCCGCCACAAAAUAAGACAACUUUCCCUCAAUUGCAUCGAAAAUCAAAGACUGGAAACAUAUUGUCACUCGAGUUAUAGCCAUACUAUAGUCUACAGUACUUAUGACGGAAAGGACAGCAUUUUAUGAAUCUUUUUCAAUAUUUUUAUAAUCAUUCAAACAUUAGUUACAAUAAUCUCAACAAUCAUUAGUAAUUAACAAAAGGUCCGAAAAGGUAUUCAAUGUGGUGGGUGUAAAUACAAUGUUAAGACACAACCCAAUCGUUUUAAAAUAUAUUUAUUGCCUGUAUUUUAGAUUUUAAAGUAUCCGUUAUUCGAG